AAAACUUCAAGUAUCAUAAUUAUAACAAAGAAACUGACAAGUUGUAAUCAAUACAUAUCAUUAGACUAACAAUUAUGAUUAUAGUAUCAACCAAUCAUGUGUUUAUUUUUUGUUUACAUAAACUUCAAGGUUGUUCGACAUUAAAUCUGUGAUUAAUUAUGUCUAUUAAAUACUCUUCAUAACUGAUUCGUUUAUAACCGAAUUUAUGCUGUAUGUUAACAUAUGACAUGCAUAAAUAUUUAUACAGUGAUUCAGUUCAAAUCAGUCUGCAUUCAUUAUUCUAAUGAAUGAUGUUUAACACUACACGACGCUUAUUUCUACUCAUUUCAUUAUCAACAUGCCUUAUAAUUAUCGAAAGUAUUGAACACCAGUCACCUGUGAUCAUAGUUAAUACAUGGCCAUUUUCAAAUGCAACUGAUGCUGGCUGGAGUGUACUCAGUCCAUCUAAUUCUACAGUAUUUGGGACAUCAAUCGACGCUGUUGUUGCUGCAUGUACAAAUGCUGAAGAUGAUCCAAAUAUUCAAAGUGUUGGAUAUGGAUGUUCACCUGAUGAAAAUGGACAUACCUUAUUAGAUGCCAUGGUAAUGGAUGGGAAAACAAUGCAGGCUGGAGCAGUAGCAUCAAUGCCUGAGAUUCGACAAGCAUCUCAAGUAGCUCGCGAGGUUCUAUUCAGUACAAAGCAUACACUGUUAGUAGGACAAUCUGCAGCAGAGUUUGCAAAGUCAAGAGGCUAUCAACCAGCCCCCUUGGAUACUCCUAAAUCUCAUGAUUUGUGGGUAGAAUGGAAAAAACAUAAUUGUCAGCCGAAUUUCCGCAAGCCGGAGGCUUGGAUUCCAGACUCUACAAAAUCUUGUGGACCGUAUCAUCCAAAACAACUAAAAGAUAUCAAUUCGCUCAACCUAAAUGAUCAUACAUCCAAUAAAUUAGAUAUCGAUAAUCAUGAUACAAUCGGUGUGAUUGCACUUGAUGCCUAUGGAUCAAUGGCUGUUGGUACAUCGACAAGUGGAUCAAAGUUUAAAAUUCCUGGACGUGUUGGAGACUCACCUAUUCCUGGAGCUGGUGGUUAUGUUGUUAAUAAUAUUGGUGGUGCUGUAGCCACAGGUGAUGGUGAUCUCAUGAUGCGUUUUCUUUUAAGUUUCCAAGUUGUUGAUUAUCUACGACAGGGGAUUGGUCCAACUGAAGCUUGUAAAAGAGCGUUAAGAAGUGUCAGAUCAAAUGAAAAUUGGUAUGGAGCUGUUGUGGCAUUGACUAGCAAUGGUGAACAUGGAUCUGCAUGUGUUGGUUUUGAUGAUUUCAAAUACAGCGUUCGUGGAUCAUGGCUCGGGAACCAAACUCAAAUAAUUAGUGUGCCGUGUAGCAAAGCAGACGAAAUUUGAACAGCUUUAUUAAUUUAUUAUAAUAAUAAUAAACUGCUAUUCAAGUUACCUAGUGAUUUGCUGCGAUAUAUACAUGUAUGUGCCAUUUUUAUUUAAUGUUAUGUAUUUUAACUUGAAGAAAUUUCUACAGUGUAAUGGGACAGAAAAGAAAACAGGUGUUAAUUUACAAAAUAAUCCUGUAGCAUUCAUGUGUAAAAAUCGCUAUUAAGCUUAAAUUUUUAUUGACAAUAGUCUUUUCUUGUAGUAAGAACGCAAUAUUCAGCGAAGAGACUCUUGUCAACAAAGAAUAUAUUAUCAUGCUGUAUAAUCGCUAUAUAUGGUUUCUAAAAAAAAUUAUAUCCGGUGAGGGAAUUCGAUAAAAGGUGUGAAUACAUGAAAUAAUAAUAGUAGUAGUAUGAAAUG